AUGCGCGAAGGUCAUGAGAAAAAUGUAGAAGAUGAAAGGCGCGAGAAUAUAAAGAUUGCUAGCAUACAACGUUUCCGCUCUAGACAUGGAAUCUACAAUCCUGGGGAGAGUUUGCUAGAGACAACAGGAUUGGGAACUCGGGGUACGGAUAUUUCGGCAACAAGAGACCAAUUUAACGCUCAUCGGGGACCUCAAACAGAUACUUCCCGAAAUAUAUUCUAUCAGGAAGACACACCAAGUACGGUAUCGGAAUUUAUGUUACAUCGAAGACCUGAUACUGAUACAGAUAUUGAACUGGCUAUAAAUACACCGCUACCUAUAUCUCCUAUUUCGGAUGCGAUUGUUCCCGGUUCGGCUGCCACACCUGAAAUGACAUUUUCAACUCCAAGCGACAUAACAACAAGGGUUCUUUCGUCCCCUAGUCUGGUCGAAAGAACCGACCCAAGAGAUUCUUCAAGAAAACAAGUAUUCAACCCAAGAACGGGUUUGUGGAUAUUCAAGAAUGGAAAUACACACAAGGAAUUAAAGAGGGAAUGGAGAAGUCAUGGUAAUGCUACUCCCAAAACAUGGAAACAUGUUCCUUAUUAG